UUUUGUUUUAUAGGUUUACAAGUGCAGUUAUUUAUCAGGGUCUAGUUAUGCGCCUAGGAAUUGUAUCUGGAAGUCUAUAUAUGGAUUUCUUCAUCUCUGCAGUGGUGGAGUUACCAGGAGCUGUGCUCAUUUUACUUUCCAUUGAUCGGAUUGGACGUCGAAUUCCAUUUGCACUGAGCAACGCUGGAGCUGGGAUAGCUUGUCUUAUAACCGCUCUUAUAUCAGAAGGUAAUAAAUAUUCAAUUAAAUGAUCAUUAAAGGGUUACUCAAACUACUAUGAGGACUUCUGCAUUUACAACUGCACAUUCAGAGCUAUUUGCAAAUAUGUGUCUUUUGCUAAUUACACCCCCAGCACAUGUAGUUUAGGCAGUCAUGAACAGAGUUACUAAUAUUAAUCCUGUGCAAAAAAUGAUAUUUGUCAUCAGCAUGCACAGCACUCUGGCAGAUGUAAUGAGAUUCUCUCUUGCAGACAGCACACCUGCAAGGGGAAGCCUACAUACCGCCCCCCCCCCCCUUUUUUUUUAAUUUGAUUCUUAUAACAUUAAUGCUCAUAUUCUUUGUUUGGUUUUUUUAAAUGCCCCUCCCUCCUAUAUCCACCCAUUACCUCUGAGCUGGUGAAAAGGUUCAAUUAAUUGCUUCUCUUUGAGAAGCAUUUGAUUGGACCCAGCUAGGGAAGUAGUAACUAACAGGGUGUGAAAGGCAGCACUUGUAAUUUAAAAGCUUGGUCUUUGCAGAUCAAUGUGCCAGACUCUAGCACACCCACAAUGGACCCUUGAAAAACUAGAAACAUGGUAACCACAGAUGAAUGUGCACACAUCCAGUAGCCAGAAGUGGCAUUUUGUUCAAAUCAUUUUUAUUUAAGAAUUUCAAUUUUAUUUUUUUAACAAUAUAGUGAACAUUAAUAAUGACACAUAUAGUUUUUUCAAUAUUAUAUAAACAAAAAUAAAACUGGGGAAUAAGGAUACAAGAUAAUCAUCCAGAAAUGUAUGUAUAUCAGUAAAUUAUUAUGGUGUGUUAUAAAUGUUUAUUAUACCUUAAAUAUAUGUAACUGGUCAAGUGGGAUCAUGAGUGUAAAGUAUAUCUUUGUCUGACAUCCUAUUCCCAAAUAAUCCACUUGUGUCCUAAACAACUGUUCGUAUACAGAAAUUUAGUAAGCGCUCUACUCCAGUAGGUAAUCCCCUGUGUUAUAAACAUGCACUAUUUAAAGCAGGGUGCUUUAAACUUUGUUACCAUAUGAAGAUUAUAUCAAGGGAUAACAACACACUAGAAGGACUUGGGAAUUGUUAUAGACAACAAACUAUGCAACAAUGUGCAAUGUCAAUCAGUCAAUGUGCAAUGUCAAUACCUUACUGGCUUAGGCCAGUAAGGUAUUGUCAUGCAUGAAAAUGGGCAUUAUUCUCGGGAUGAGAAUAUAAUUUUGCUUCUUUAUAAAUCGCUGGUAAAACCACAUUUUGAAUAUGCUGUGCAAUUUUGAGCACCUGUUCUAAGGAAGGAUAUUAUGGCACUAGAAAGAGUGCAGAGGUGGGCUACAAAAUUAAUAAAAAGGAAGUGGAACAUGUUAGCUAUGAAGAAAGGUUAACAAAUUUAAACCUCUUUAGUUUAGAAACACGCCACCUCAGAAGGGAUAUGAUAACAUUACAAAUAUAUCUGGGGCCAAUACAAACCAUUGUGUGGAAAUCUAUUCACAAACACGACUUUACAUAGGACACAAGAUUUAGUCUAAGGCAAAGGAAAGCUUUUUUUUACUGUUAGAACAAUAAGGAUAUAGAAUUCUCUGCCUGAAGAAGUGGUUUUAUCAGAGUCCGUACAGAUGUUUAAACAGCUACUAGAUGCAUACUUGCAAAAACAGAAUAUUCAAGGAUAUCAUUUUUCAAUGUAGGGGAAUAGCUUCUUGAUUCAAGGAUAAAUCUGACUGCUAUUCUGGGGUCAAGAUGGAUUUCUUUUCCUAGUUUGUUGCAAAAUUGGAAGUGCUUCAAACUGGGGGGGUUUUUUUGCCUUCUUUUGGAUCAACAGCUAAAAAAAAUAAAAAAAAAUGUGAGGAAGGCUGAACUUGAUGGUCACGUGCCUCUUUUCAGCCUAUGUAACUAUGUGUUAGAGAUAAAAAUAAAUUCAAUAUGUGUAAUAGAGUUGGUUGUAUUAGUAGUCAUUUUGGAAGUGAUUUUUAGGUAAGUAUGUCCUUAAGGCAGUGAAAAUUAUAUUAAAGGACAGCUAUAGGCACCCAAACCACUUCAGCUAAAUUAAGUGGUCUGUGUGCCUGGUCCCCCUAGUUUUAACCCUGAAUCUGAAAACACUGCAGGGUUAAUCAGCCUCUAGUGUCUCCCUGACAGCCACUAGAGGCCGCUUCCGCAAUUUACACAGAGUAAAUUGCAAUUAUUUGACUCUGGACGUCCUCACAGAGUCCAGUGUAAAAAAAGAUCAACAUAGAAAGGCACUGAGUAAUGCUUUCCUAUGGGUGAGUUUGAAUGUGUGCGCCCACCUGGCCGCGCAUGCGCAUUCGGCUCCACUCGGGAGCUGACUUCGAUAGAGGAGGAGAGGUCACCAGUGCCGAAGGAGCCCGGUGCUGGAUAAAGGUAAGCAAAUAAAUGGUUUAUUAACCAUUUAUUCGCCACCGAACGGGGCCAUAGUCACCUAAACGGUGACUAGGGCCCUACAGCGUUAGGAAUACAUAUUUGUAUUCCUAACGCUAUAGUGUUCCUUUAACUCAAUAUUUAGUUUACAUUUGAAAACCUACCAGAACUGAAAUGAACUAACCAUGAGUUUUUGGUUUCCCUAAAACUAAAAUUACCACAAAAUAACAAUCAGUAAAAAAUUGUGCAUUUUAUAUAUUUAUGACUUAAAAAAUGUAUAUCAUGUUUUGCCAUGGUAAAGCUUUAUUUGCACACGUUCCUCAGCUCAUAUUAAGUUAACACUAUCUUAAUGUUUUCUUCUCUGUAAAAUGAAAAAAAAAAAAACUGCCCAACUGUGACAAAUUCUUUGUCUUUGAAACUUUUGUAUCAACUGUGUUUUCUCACAAAACAUUUUAUUGUUUGCAGAUAUACUAUGGCUAAAAACGACAUUAGCAACAUUGGGAAGGCUAGGCAUCACUAUGGCAUUUGAAAUCGUAUAUUUUAUCAAUACAGAAUUGUAUCCGACAACAUUGAGGUAAUUCAUGUAAUCAUUCUUAUGAUUUCUGUUUAUAUUUUCAUGACCAGCGGUAGUUUAUUGAAAAAAAAAAAAAAAAGUUGUGACUGUCCGAUUACGUUUUUAAUUUAUGCACCUGACCUGAAAAAUGAUUGUAAGAAAAUGCAAUCUAAACAUUGAAUUUUAGUGAAUAAAAGAAGACAUUUGCAAAAUGUAAGCUAAAAUACAGAAGGUGAGUUUAGAAAAAAAUUCCAUUGUCAAAUCACCACAAUACAUCAGAAAACCCCCCAACAAUAUUAAUAAUAUAACUGUGACUAUAGAAUGAAACAAGCAACAUAACCUUAAAAGGGAAGCUCUGUAAUUAAACCUUCAAUCACCCUUACAAAAGCUAAUGCAUUUCAUAGAAAUGUAUGUAUAUAUUCACAUAUCUGUCUUUUUUUGGCUUAUUGACAUCCCUAACCUUCCCCUUGUGAUAUCAGCAAAUCAAGUCAAUCUUCUUUCUCCAAUAGGUAUUAACUGGAGAACUGUGCACUUUGAUGUCUCUGACCCAACUUGAUUACUUUCAAUAGCAAAGUUGCUCAUAUAUUUAUGGCACAUAUGCAAUGGGUCCACAUUUAUCCAAAAUAAACUUAAUAGUUUGGGCUUUAUGGUCAAUGUAGACAAGAAUGUGAGUAAAGAGGAUGAGACCAAAGGAUUACUGGAUUGGGCAUUUUCCUUCUACGUAUUCAACAUGUUCAUAGUAAUCAAGGUUAAAAAAGAUUCAACUUGUAUUAGCAUGCACAACGUCUGAAAUACUCACUACAAUAUUGUCUUGUAUAAUGUGGCUUGAGUACACUUUUAUUUAGGACUCAAGCAUCUGAAGUGUUAUUAAGAGGAUUAUGGAGGAUAGCACACAGGACACAAAUUUACAACCUUUAUCCUGAGUAAUGUCUAGGCAGUAAUUCCGUGUGAAAGUAGAAUCUAAAGCCCAGGUAGCAGUCCCACACUUUUUUCCCAUGGUAACAGAUGCCCAAGAUGUCGCUAUUGCCCAGGUAGAGGUCUGUUGAAUGAGGGAAUCUCCAAUCCUCAGUCCAGACCCAAAUAAUUAAAAUGAGUAAAUGGAAAUAAUCUGUACUUGAUAAUAGUACAUAACCUCUAAACAAGAGAGCACACGUCCCAGACACUGAUACAUUCCUUUUAACGGAUAAUAUCCAUGUUUCUGAGGGUUCAGUCACUGCCACAUAGUUCACUGCUAGUAUAUCCGUGUAGGAGAGAUAAUAGAAAAAAACAAAACACAUAUACAUAUUCCCAACAUAAAUUGAUCACCUGAAAAGAGCAUUAAGUCCCUUACACCUUACACUGGACAUUGAUUCUGUGAUACUGGAAAGUCAGAUCUAGAAACAGACUUCACAUACAACUUCUUAAAAUGAAGAUCUUAUGUAAUCAGCAGAUAAACUCUACAAAAUAAAGAUGCAAAACUAAAAUAUAUUAUGGCUAAAUCAGGGCUGUCCAACCUGCGGCCCCCCAGAUGUUGCUGAACUACAACUUCAAUGAUUCCCUGGUUAUCUGUUUAAUUGAAAGAAUCAUGGGAGUUGUAGUUAAGCAACAUCUGGGGGGCCGCAGGCUGGACAGGCCUGGGCUGAAUAGUAAAAUUCAGUCUAACUAUAUUUACAUAGGUAUAAGCAAAAUAUUAGCAACAGCUAUCUUAUAAAUAUAAAGUACUGUUGUGGAAUGAAAUCUCAUCAAACUACCUACCAAUCUUUGGAUACAGUGGUGUAAAAUAUAUAGCAUAGGACAGGAUAUAGGUUAAUAUCAACCUAUUUUAAUAAAACCACAUGCAAGUCACCUGAAAUAAAAAGGAGACAUAUUAUACCAUAAAGUAUAUAAUGAGACAUUAUGAUAACAAUUUGAAUUUAGUAUGCACCUUGUAUAGUUUAAAUUGCUUAGUAUAGAUGUAAAAUCCUGAUAAACCUAUUCAGACUUUGUCUAAAAUUAUAGUCAUGUAGGAAUUACCUUAGAACCUAGGACAAUUUCCUAGUCUCUUUUUAACCUGUCUUAUCUGCUAAGAUAGUAACAUUAGUCAAAAAUAUCAGCAUACGAAACGCAGAUGUUGACAUACUGCAUUUCGUUAAAGGCAGGGCGGUCAUUUGAAAUCCUAAGCAAAAACAUACCACCCUAUGUUUCAAAUAGACAAAGAGGAACACCUUAAUUUUAGGGGUGUGGCUAUUUUAGGUGACUUAUGAAUUAUUUACAUUUAUAAUUUUGAGCAAGAACAAUGUAACUUCAUUACACAGACUGAUUUCUAAACAAUUGUUGUAGUUUAAAGACAUAUUACUGGGGAUGUUAUACCUGUGGUGCCAUGGUAUACCCUCAGACAUACCAGCUAUAUAGCGCUCCUAGAAUCAGAGGAACAUCAGGACAUGGGAAUUUGAGCCCAAACUAAAUAGGGAAACUUGGUAGGUAUGCAAAGGACCUGUAGUCCAAGACAUAAAACAUCUAACAGGAUCAACAAAGGGGGUAUAUAUAUAUUGCCUUUUACUCUCUGCUAUAUAAAAUAUAAAGGAGCCACAUAUAGAAGGCCUAAGACGACAAGAUCUAGAGAAGUAUUGUCCACAGAUAAAGUACCUUGAUAUGUCCUCUGAGCCAACUUUAAAAGUAUCCCAUAGCAUUAAGCCACACCAUAAGUAGAAGCUCAGAGAGCUGUCAGGAUGAGUAACAAUAUAAACUCCCAAAAGUAGAUUACUUGGACAGGGACUUUUCUAAUUAUUUAGAAAUUAGUAAAAAAAAAAUAGUAAACAUUGUAAAUCUGCUAAGAGGAUUAUUGAAGCAGUUAUUGCUCUGCCUAUGGGAUAUAUUCUAUCACUUCCUUUAGGAAAUUAAUAUAUAUAUUAUAUCACUUCCGGAAAAAUUACCUACCUAGGGUCUAACCAUGGAAAAUAUUUUUACUUAAUUCCUUAAAGGACACUCCAGGCACCCAGACCACUUCUGCCCAUUGGAGUGGUCUUGGUGCCAACUCCCACUACUCUUAACCCUGCAUGUGUAAUUAUUGCAGUUUUUUAUAUGCAGGGUUAACUCCACCUCUACUAGACAGCCACUAGAGGGCACUUCCGUGUCCCUAGCACAGGAAACCUGCGUCGCUCAUUUCCCCAUCAGAUGAGCAGAUGCAUUCUUAUACUAUAAAAUGUCAGAUCUAUGACAAAGAAGUGAAACAUACCAAUAAUAAAGGUAUCUCUUAAUACAUGGUACUAAAUGCCUGUAACAGAAAUAUCAACCCUAGCAAUUCUGAAUAAUGAAAAAUAAGCAAAUCUGUUUAUCCAUGUGGUUCCAUUUAGGGAUAGGAGAAUAAAUAAACAAUUGGCCAAAAACACAUUGAUACAUGUAACAUUUACCGUAUUUUUGACUCUAUAAGACGCACCUGACCAUAAGACGCACCUAGUUUUUAGAGUCGGAAAACAAGAAAAAAAAGUGUUCCCCUACCUCCCCUGUCCCAUAGAGUUCCUUAUCACCCACUCCCCCCCUCCCCUGUCCCAUAGUGUUCUUUCACCCACUACCCCCCCCCCUUGUGCCAUAGGGUUUUUCCACCCAUAGUGUUCCUUAUCACACCUCCAUCUGUCCCUUAGUGCCCCUCUCUCUCCCCCCCUUGGUCCCCGGUAGGUCUCCUACCUUUAUGUAGUGUGGCCGAGCGGAGCAGUGCGCACCGCGGUACAGGAGAUUCAGUUUCCUUGGACCCGGCCGGACUGAAAGGAAGUGAGCACUCAGGAACAAGAAACUGAAUCUCCUGUACCACGGUGCGCACUACUCCACUCAGCCAUGCUACAUAAAGGUAGGAGACCUACCGGGGACCAAGGGGGAGGGAGAGGGGCACAUUCGCUCCAUAAGACGCACAGACAUUUCCCCUCACUUUUGAGGAGGAAAAAAGUGUGUCUUAUAGAGUGAAAAAUACGGUACAUAAAAAUAUGGAUAUUUCAAAAGUAAUCACGUAAUGUAAGCAUAAUUGCUUUUAAACUCAGGUUUAUCUGUAAACUUUACACAGUUAAUAGGCGGAUAUACAUGCAAUAUGAGUUUUAUCAAAAGGAGCAUUUUGAGGUUGCACAGAACAACUAACUUUCAUUUUGGUACCAAAGUGAAUGCAAACCAAACCCUAGGAAAGGUAGGUACUCAUGUAUUUUAUUCAAAUGCAUUUUAACAUACAUCGAAAAUAAAAUUUAACAGCACAGGAUGGCCUUAUGUAAUAUAAAGUACAUUAAGGUUCAUCCUAUAUGUUCACAUGCAAAUCAAAAUUAGACAAAUCUGCAAAAACAACUUAUCACCUUAUAUGUGAAAGUACCGUUUUAGUCCUGCAAAUGUAGAUUGAUGGACUUCUCUUGAGAAUAAUCAAACUUUACCAACCACUAUAGGAUAGCAGAUCUUCUUCUCAAAUUGAAGGGUAACUCAUUAGGCUAAGCAGCACCUGUUUUACAUCUGAAGUGGCUAAUUACCACUCCCAAGAUUAACCUCUUAGAAGGAGGAUAGCUCCAAUACAGACAAACACCCUUUUGCAUGCUAUAUAUGCAAACAUGUAACUACUAGGCCAAAGUAAAGAACAGAAUAUACACUACAUCAUUUUCAGUUACCUAUUAGGACUGAAUAUUCUUCUGUUUUCACUGAAGGUUGUAUGCCAAGUCAUACACAGUAUUUAUAUCAGACAAAUUUAUAGUGUAGACAAAUGUACUUACACUCACAUUCUGUCCACAUUUUCCCCUGGGACAAUUUCUCAGGGCUGCAAUAUAGAGACAGACCUCCAUGAAGCACAGCCACUAGCCCAUAGGACGAGAGGCGUAACUAGAAACCACAGGACCCCGGUGCAGAAAUUGCCCUGGGGCCCCCCCAUACAUCCCUGCCCCCCAUACAUACAUACAGAAACACACACACAUACACACAGAGACCCAUGCAUACAUACCGACAUACAUACAGACACACAUAGAUACUCACACACAGACAUGUAGAGACACACACACACAUACAUGUAGACAGACACACAUGCAGUAACAGACACACACAUACAUUCAUACACACACUCAGACAUAUACACACGUACACUCACAGACACAUAAACACACACACACACUCACAGACACACACUCAGACACAUACAUUUACAGACACACACACACAUACACUUACACACACAUACACUUACAGACACACACAAAUUAUUAAUAUUAAAUGUCCAUUAAAAUGUCCACCCAGCCUCCCUACCUGGAGAGGUGGCGUGGAUCUGUCCCUGGGGUCCAGUGGGGCUUCAGUGCGGCGGUCGGCUGAGUUCCUGUCAGAGGCGGCAAGGGAGCUGUGUUCUCUCUGAUCUGCUCCCUCAUGGGCUGUCUACUGAUGCCAGGAGCUGGAAUAUGAUGUCAUAUUCCAACUCCCGGCAUCAGCAAACGCCGCGCAAGGUAGCAGAUCAGAGAGAACACAGCUUCCUCACCACCUCAGCCACCCGCCGGGGGGUCCAUUAGGUGGCCAGCUGGCCACCUCUUGGGCCCCCCAAUGAUCAUGGGGGGGCGGUAUCUAGGCGGCCCACGGUCGCAGGGGUCGUGGCUGCGGCUGGGCCGUCUGCAGUGAGAGGCCAGGUCGCAGCUGCGUCCCCUGAUACCGUGGUAGGUAUGCCACUACAUAGGACUAUAGCAUGAAACUUACUCUGAAGUUAUCCACUAGCCCUGAUAUUGGACUCUACUUCUGUCCUAAGGACUGUAAUAUACAGGCAGACUUUCCAUGAAAUGUAGCCAUUAGCCCUGGUAUUGGCAUUUCUCUUCUUCACAGGACUUUAAUGUACAGAGAGACUUCUGUUGAAAUAUAGCUAUUAGCUGCAAUGUUUUAGAUGGCUCCAAUACUAAACACAUAAAAUUUACCUAGAUGUUCACCUAUAACCUCCUAAAUCUGCCCAAAUUGUUAUAAGAAGGCCUCAAUGGAAGUAUUAGGGACUGCAAAUAAUCCAUAGCCCUUAUACCUUUGCUAAUUAGUAAUCUAAACUACUAUGGGAAACCCAAAACUAAAUAGCCUGGAUACAGGCAGGUAAGCUGCUGCUGCAGGCCUGUAUUACAUCGAAUUAUGGGGAUUCUGCAAACUAAACAGUCUAAUCUGCUUAAACUCGAGGCCUCCUUAUGCACCCCAUGUAUCAUUGUCAUCUCCUCCAGUAGAGAGGCGAGGUCAGACCUCUGGCUAUUAAACUCAGGUUGUCACCUUGCCUAGGUGUUUACUGUGUCUUUAGGGACAAGAGGCUGAACUCUUCAAAGUAUUCAAAAAUAUUGUCCUGAUGAGCAUAAAAUAAAAUUUAGGUCUCUUGCUAAAACAUGUUUCCUAACUGCUGGAGGAAAGAAGAAAAAAAAUAAAAUAAAAGACUCUGCUGUCUACAGAAGGAGGUGAAUUUAUUAAGAUUUGUUAAUUGAUACUUUCCUGUCCUGAAUGCUGAGUGGCGAUUUAACCCAUUACUGAUGCUGUCAUGUUGGCCAGGAAAUUAUUAACUAUUUUUAAAUAAAUAAAAAAUUAUCUGUAUGCAUCUUUUUACACUUUGCAGAAACUUUGGUGUGUCCUUGUGUUCAGGCAUGUGUGACUUAGGGGGAAUCAUAGCUCCAUUUCUACUUUACCGGCUGGCUGCACUAUGGGUGGAAUUGCCUUUAAUCAUCUUUGGUGAGAUAUGUUUUUAUAUAUUAUAUAUUAAAAUUCCUAGUGUUAUUAGUUUGUGUGAAAUAUUAGUUGGUCCAUGAUUUAAACCUGAAUUUAUAAUUAGCAUUAUAAUAACAAUAACAUUCAUGCUUUUUUUGUAAAACAACAUUUUCUAACAUUAAAACAUAGCAAGCUAUAUUAAGGACCAAUAGAGUAUUUAAAAGAAACACUCGAGUUAUGUCACUAUAAUUAAUAUAUGAGGUCGGUCGAGAACGGUGUGUGCCACAUCAAUGUAACUUGGUAGCCAAGGACACUUUCCUGUAAUGCGUUUGCGUUAACAAUAAUGACUUCACUGUACUAGUCAGUGAGGAUGCUAGCACCGUUGAGUGAGCAUGUGUAUUAUGUGGUCGUCACAUUCAAAAUUACUGCGCGAGUAGAGCUAAGAAUCUGCAUCAAAUUUUGCGUUAAGCUUGAACAUUCCUCUAUGGAAACUAUUCAGAUGAUUCAGAAGGCUUUUGGUGAUGAUGCAAUGAGUGCAACACAAAUAAAAGUGUGGCGCAAAUGCUUCAGGGAUAGUUGAGAAUCUGUUGAAAAAUUUGACACCCUGCGGCUUCUGGCUUUUCCCAAAACUAAAAUCACCUUUAAAAGGGUAAAGAUUUCAGACUGUUGAUGAGAUGCAGGUAAAUAUGACAAAGCAGCUGAUGGUGAUUCCAACAAAGUAUUUUGAACAGAGACGUGGUGAAAACUGUGUGAGGUCCCAAGGUGCCUACUUAGAAGGGGACUGAGGCGUCAUUGUCCUAUGUACAAUAUUUAUUUUAUCCACUUCAAUAAAUGUCUCUAUUUUUCAUAUUACAUGGCUGGAUACUUUCAAUUUUUUUUUAAAAAAAUGCAGUUUUAUAGUUUGUAUUUUUCAAUAGCAUGAAGUGACAUAUAACCUCAUUACAGAGCAAACCUAUGCCAUUUAGUAUAUUUUCAUAUUCUUAAAAUCUCUCUAAGUCUGCGCACAAUGUAUAUCAAGUGAUAUGUUUGUAUUACAGUAACUUGUAUACCAUUUAUAAAUACUACAUUUGUUUAAUUUCUAAUUUUGUUUCAGCAAUACUUGGACUUAUAUGUGGUGGUCUUGUGAUGCUUUUGCCAGAGACCAUGGGAAUUUCUUUACCGGAAACAAUUGAAGAUGUUGAAAACCUUGCAAGGUGAAA